AUGUUACUCGUGUCUCAGGCGCUGAUUAGAUUAAAAUCUCAGUUUCCUCGGGUAUGCAGUACAUCUGAGGCUCUGUUGGAGAAACGCUGUUGCCCGAGCCCGACCCCAGAUCCAGAGGACUCGUGUGGUGUCCGGUCAGGGCGAGGAUCAUGCAGUGAUGUACGCACUGAUACUCGACCCUGGGGAGGAACCUACACCCUCAGAAAUGUGGAUGAUCGUGAGCGAUGGCCCACCAAGUUUUUUAACCAGACCUGCAUCUGCUUUGGUAACUUUGCUGGUUACGACUGUGGUGAAUGUAAAUUUGGAUGGACGGGCCUGCAGUGUGAUCGUCGUAAGACUACUGUGACCCGGAGGAACAUAAUGUCACUAAGCGAUAAGGAAAGACAAGACUUUUUGGAGGCACUGCAACGCUCCAAACGCACCAUGCACCCUGAUUUUGUCAUCGCUACAGAACACUGGCUCGGUCUGGUGGACCCGGAAACCAACCAGACGCGCUUCAGUAACAUCAGCGUGUACGACCUGUUCGUCUGGCAACAUUACUAUUCCGUCAGAGACACACUGCUCGGUCCGGGUCGGCCAUUUAAAGGCAUAGAUUUUUCCCAUAAGGGUCCUGCCUUUAUCACCUGGCACAGGUACCACCUACUGAGUCUGGAGAGAGAACUCCAGAAACUGAUGGGAAAUGAAAAUUUUGCGAUCCCGUACUGGAAUUUUGCUACGGGUAGAUCUGAAUGUGAAGUGUGCACUGAUGACCUUUUGGGGGGGCGUGACCCCAGUGACCCCUCACUUAUCAGUCCUAGAUCUCCAUUCAGGGAAUGGGGGAUCAUCUGUGACAGUUUAGAUGAGUAUAACCGUUUGGUGACGUUGUGUAACGGUACGAGUGAAGGUCCCUUACGUCGUGGUAUAAUAGAAAACCACAGCAUGACUCUGCCCACCAUGAGUGACGUCCACAGCUGCCUGGAGUUACCAGAUUUUGACAAGCCACCAUAUUUCAUCAACUCCACCUUCAGCUUUAGAAAUGCACUGGAGGGUUUUGAUAAACCGGAUGGAGAACUGGACAUGGCAGUGACAGGGUUACACAACCUUGUUCAUGAGUUCCUCAAUGGAACUAGUGGGCUGUCACACUCUGCUGCUAACGACCCCAUCUUCGUGGUUUUACAUGCUUUCACCGAUGCCAUAUUCGAGGAAUGGCUGCGUCGCUUUCCGAAAAAUGAUAGUUUUCCAGAAGAGAUGGCUCCAAUUGGUCAUAAUCGCCAUUUCCACAUGGUUCCCUUCUUCCCUCCGAUAACAAACGAGGAAAUCUUUGUUCCCUCUGUUGAGCUUGGCUACUCCUACGAGAUUGAACUGACAGAAUCAGAUGAACACAUGGCAGUACUUAUUUUUGGUGGGGUCUGCAUUUUUCUGCUGGUCCUCAUUCUCCUGUACACACUGUACGCUCGUCAGAGACGCAGACAAGAGUUCCAGCCGCUACUCGACUCCAGAUUCGCUAACACUAAAUACACAGAGGUCGCCUGAUUUAAAAAAGUAUUUCAUUAAAAAAAUCAUUUCAUUACAUAUAGUGAUCUGUUAACCCUUUGAUGCACAAGCUAAGCAAACCCCUUCUAAUGCACAACAUGGGUCAUGGGCAUGGGCAAAGAUAUAGAAAAUAAAAACUUAGUUGGGUCACUUUUGACCCAGGUUGUGCAUCAAAGGGUUAAGGUGGGAUCAGCUUAUGCAGGAUCAUGUUAAAAACACAACAAAUUCUGGAAAACACCAAUGUUAGCUGGUAUUUGCUAUUCUUAGAUUUUAAUGAUCUGCUCUGCUAUUAUGACCUGUUAAGGGUCAUAGUUUUUUAAAUCAUUUGAGGUUUGACAAUACAUCAGCAGUAGAGUUUCUGACUUUUUUGACAUUUUUUGAAGGAUUUCAAUGGAGUGCUGAGCCUCAUCUACACGUACCACCAUAGCACCACUUAGUUAAAAGCACAGGUGAAAUUAAACAAUGGGAAUCAGUUAGUAAAAAUGCUUCAAUAAUAAGUUAUAAAGACAUGACAAAAUCAUAUGGUUCAUAAAAUUUUAUUU